AUGAUUACCAUUAUCGAAACAAAAGCUAAAUCACUAUUAGAAGUUGGUUCCAAAAGACAUCGCCGAGUUCGUGAAGAGCUUGAAGACGACGAUUGCACGUCUGACAAAGAUAUUAUCAGUAAGCUUCUAAGCAAUUACAAAGAACACAAAACUCCAUCUGAAACUGGUGUCAUCGUUUGGAUUGAAGUAUGGGUACAGGAAGUGAAUGCAGUGAAUGAGAUUACCUCUGAUUUUGACAUGGAUAUCUACGUCACUGAAUUAUGGGUAGACGACGCGUUACGGUACGAAUGGUUGAAUCCUUGUAAGCUCAAUCUGUCACUCAACGGUGAGGUUUUGGAAAAAAUAUGGAAGCCUAAUACAGCAUUUGUGAACAGUAAGUCUGCCAGCAUUCAUAAGUCUCCAUUUUCCAACGUAUUCCUGAUGAUUUAUCCUAAUGGAACUGUUUGGGUGAACUACAGAGUACAAGUGACCGGUCCAUGUAUGAUGGAUUUUACUUCAUUUCCGAUGGAUGAACAGACAUGUAUCUUAACAUUAGAAAGCUUUAAUUAUAAUCAAAAGGAGGUUGAUAUGCGUUGGACCAAUGCCACAGCACCGCUGUCGUUAAUGAAAGAUAAAAUCGUUUUACCUGAUUUUGUUCUCACUAACUACUCAACUUAUAUAAAGCAUGAGAUUUAUCCGGCUGGAAUCUGGAAUGAACUUACAAUGCAACUUGUGUUUACUCGCCGGUACGGUUGGUACAUCUUCCAAGCUUAUAUACCCACUUAUCUAACAAUUUUUAUCAGCUGGAUCAGUUUUUGCUUGGAUCCAAAGGCUAUACCGGCAAGGACUAUGCUGGGUGUUAAUUCUUUAUUAGCCUUAACGUUUCAAUUUGGAAAUAUUAUGCGCAACUUGCCUCGUGUCAGCUAUAUAAAAGCUUUAGAUGUUUGGAUGCUUUCGUGUCUUUCAUUUGUAUUUUGCUCACUUUUAGAAUUGGCUAUUGUUGGUUACCUUGCAGCAAAAGAAAAUGCGAAACCUCAACCAAUUAUUUUGCCAGCAUUUGCAAUAAACACGACUCCUUCAAACAGUACAGGUUCACCAAAGAUAUGUCACCACUAUGUUCCCCAAUUUUCACCUCAUGGAGUUAGUCUUUUAAAUUAUCUAGGUAAGUCUUUUAUUUGUUAAAA